AUGGCUGCUGCGCAGAGCGGAUCCGAGUUGCACGGCACGCCCGUUAUGAAGCCAACCAACUCCCUCCCUGAAGACGAUCACAUCGGGUCCAACGGAUCCACUCCCACGGGCAUCUCGACGCCGCAACCCGACCCCGCGGACAAGCGUUUGCCUUCUAUCAUGCACAACUACUUCCAGGUUGGUUCUUUUUCCGGUGAUAAAUCGAGUCUGCCGCGGCUUUGGUCAUGUCUUUCGAAAUCCUCUGUGGACCCCCCAUCGGCCACACCCACCCACCCGGGCGCUUCCUCCGAAUCCUUCGUCAUGCUGGAGCGCGAUGAAUCUGAGAAAAUGGAAGCGCCACACCCCAAUUUACCCACCCCUCCACACUCCCUCCUCCAGAGUGAGUCGGACGAGAUGGAACUUGGGACGAGUCUUGAUAAGGACGACGGGGGAAUCUUGAGUACUUUGAAGAAUUAUCUCAUUCCACAGAACGCCCCCGUCGACUCUCCUUCUCGCCGUCAAACUUCCCUACCAGUCUCCAGGGUCUCUGAUGACCCAGUCCUUGCCACCCAUUUCUCCAAUCCCUCUCUCCCUCUCGCUUCAGAUACCAUGUUACCCUCCGGGGCUCCCUUAUUCGAUCACGAAAGACCGCGUGCUUCAAUCUCUUCCGAGAACCUUUCCAAGCUGACUGGCAAGGCAUCCAAUGUGGUGCCACUAAAGAAUACCCCACCUCUGACUCCGCGGGCCAUGUCCAACGAGGAAUCUGCUGAGAAUAAAUCCGUCUCCUCCGUUACUUCGGUUCAGCACGAGGCUGAGGCUGAGGCUAAGGCUAAUGCUGAGGCUAAGGCUGAGGCUGAGGCUCAGGCUGAAGCUAAUGCCGAAGCCGAGGACGAUAUCGAGGCCGAGGACGAGGACGAAACCACUCCACCCGCCCAGGAUAUCAUGGACAGCUCUGCCGACGAAAUCACCACCAAGCUCGAGGAGGCCUUCCCGCGUGAAUCAUCUUCUUCCCCACAGAACGGAGCGCCCGUAGGAGCCCUCAAGGGGAAACUCUUCGUGAAGAUCUCAGAGGCUCGCGGUUUACGACCCAGUACUGACCCUUACGUGGUGUGUGUCUUUGAGUGGAACGAGUAUAUUUCCAAAGGUGCCAAGGAUGGUGAAGAAGAGAAGAAGCGGCGCCAGAUGGAUGCCGAGGCCGAGGCCGGUCGGCCGAUGGCCAUUCCGAUGAAGAGCCGCCAAAGCAGUCACAACAGCGCCCUGGAUGGCGAAAACAAGGGAAGAAUGCCCGUGACCGACCCCCACUGGGAUCAUGAGGCCGUCUUUGAUGUUUUGGGCGACCGGUCGGAAGUUGAUGUCACCGUCUACGACCGCCACAAUCAAGAGACUUUCCUGGGCCACGUUCGUCUCGGUAUCGACCUGAAGGAAGACCACAGCAAGCUGGAAGGGUGGUUCCCUCUGGUUGGCCGCGCAGCGGGCGACAGCCAGGUUACCGGCGAAAUCCACCUCCAGAUGCGAUUUGAGAUGACCGACCGUAGACAGGUGGGCUCGAACGACUUCGCAAUUCUCAAGCUUAUCGGCAAGGGUACUUUCGGUCAGGUCUAUCAGGUGAUGAAGAAGGAUACCGAACGCAUCUACGCUAUGAAGGUCCUGUCGAAGAAGGUGAUCAUUCAGAAAAAGGAGGUGGCACAUACAUUAGGCGAGCGCAAUAUUCUAGUGCGCACCGCCAUGACAGCCUCGCCAUUCAUCGUCGGCCUCAAGUUUUCUUUCCAAACGCCGACAGACCUUAUCUUCGUCACCGAUUACAUGUCUGGUGGUGAAUUGUUCUGGCACCUCCAGCGUGAAGGUCGCUUCCAGGAGGCCCGUGCCAAGUUCUACAUCGCCGAACUUAUCCUGGCCCUGCAACAUCUUCACGACCAUGAUAUUGUGUAUCGGGAUCUCAAGCCAGAGAACAUCCUGCUGGAUGCCAACGGUCAUAUUGCCCUUUGUGAUUUCGGUCUUUCCAAGGCAAACUUGACACAAAACGACACCACCAACACCUUCUGCGGUACCACCGAGUAUCUUGCCCCGGAAGUCCUGCUUGACGAGCAAGGUUACACGAAGAUGGUCGACUUUUGGUCUUUGGGUGUUUUGGUCUUUGAGAUGUGCUGUGGCUGGAGUCCGUUUUACGCCGAAGAUACCCAGCAGAUGUACAAGAACAUCGCUUUCGGCAAGGUUCGGUUCCCCCGUGAUGCUCUCAGUACCGAGGGUCGCAACUUCGUAAAGGGUCUGCUCAACCGUAACCCUAAGCACCGUCUGGGAGCCAACGGUGACGCCAAGGAGCUGAUGGCACACCCCUUCUUCCACGACAUCGACUGGGAUGCUCUCUGCCGCAAGCAGGGAUUCACAUUUGUGAACGAGAGUUCUAUCGACCACCAUGUGAAGGAGCCCGUUGACGAAAUGGACGAGGAUACCAUUGACGAUGAACCAUGGCAGCCCACUCACCGGUCGCAGACCUCGACCGACUUACACAUGGGUGGAAUCCAGAAAGCAGAUGGCGCGGAGCCAGGUAUCUUCAACGUUGACGAUAAUUUUGACAUGUGA